CUGUGAAACGCUAAGCAUAUCGCCGGUAGGCAGCGACUAUCAUAAAUAAGGGCCAAUCGAACUAUCGAUACAACAUCAACAUCCUCAGUCGCUUUUUUUAGUUGUAGCAUAUUAUAAAUAUAACUCGAGCGCUAGUUGCAGCGUUAAACAGAAGCCAGACGCUACGACCGCUAGUCGCUAGUCAAGAUCUGCUUAGAAAAACAAAAUAUGUGAGAUUAUUUGUGAACACAGUUAGUUAGCCGCAAAUCCAGCCAGAGCAAACACAACAACAACAAAGCCAAUCCGCGAUUAAGAGGAAGAGAGUGCGUGAGAGAAACGACAGCUGCUCUGCGUGUGUGUUGGUGCAGCAGGAUAACAAAAUACAAAACAUACAAUAUCAGCAGCAACAACAACAACCACUAACAGUGUAUAAAGUGCCAAACGAAUUUGCCAAAUAAUACAAAAACAAGAAAAGAUCACUAAAAGCAAAAAAAAAAAACAAACCAAACGGCCUACCGCUUCGAAUUCCAAUCAGUUCAAUGCAAAGAGACAUGUGCAUAAAUGAAGAGCUACAGCCAAUUUAAUUUAAACACCGCCGCCCCGCCCGCCAUUGCCUACGAUAGUUCAGUUGUAAUUCCCAACGGCUCGCCUUUAGAUCAUCAUCACCAUCACCAGCAGCAACAACAACAGCGCCAGGACAUGCCGCACUUUGGACUGCCCGGCCCUCAGCCGCCGCCGUCGCAGCAGCAGCAGCAACAACAACAACAGCAGCUACAAGUGCAUCACCAACAGCAGCAGCAGCAACAACAGCAACACCAGCAGCAACAACAAAUGCAAAUGUCCUUGCUACCAAGUCCUUAUCGGCCGCACAUCGAGGAAAAGAAACUCACCCGCGAUGCUAUGGAGAAGUACAUGCGCGAGCGCAACGACAUGGUCAUCGUGAUCCUGCAUGCCAAGGUGGCCCAGAAAUCCUACGGCAAUGAGAAACGUUUCUUUUGCCCACCGCCGUGCAUUUAUCUCUUUGGGAGUGGCUGGCGUCGACGGUACGAGGAAAUGUUGCAGCAGGGCGAAGGCGAACAAGGAGCACAGCUGUGUGCCUUCAUUGGAAUCGGCAGCAGUGACCAGGACAUGCAGCAGUUGGAUCUCAAUGGCAAGCAGUACUGUGCGGCUAAGACACUGUUCAUUUCCGAUUCGGACAAGCGAAAACAUUUUAUGCUGUCGGUAAAGAUGUUCUACGGCAAUGGACAUGACAUCGGCGUGUUCAACUCCAAACGGAUAAAGGUGAUAUCCAAGCCGUCCAAAAAGAAACAGUCGCUGAAAAAUGCCGACUUGUGUAUUGCCAGCGGUACCAAUGUUGCCCUAUUCAAUCGCCUGCGUUCCCAGACCGUUUCCACUCGGUAUUUGCAUGUGGAAAAUGGACACUUCCAUGCCUCAUCAACGCAAUGGGGUGCCUUUACGAUACACCUACUGGAUGACAAUGAGUCUGAGUCAGAGGAGUUCCAAGUGCGCGAUGGUUACAUCCAUUAUGGAGCUACGGUCAAACUAGUGUGUUCCGUUACGGGCAUGGCGCUGCCUCGUUUGAUUAUCCGAAAGGUAGACAAGCAAAUGGCCUUACUGGAAGCCGACGAUCCUGUUUCGCAGCUGCACAAGUGCGCUUUCUACAUGAAGGACACGGACCGAAUGUAUCUGUGCCUGUCGCAAGAGAAGAUCAUUCAAUUCCAAGCCACCCCCUGCCCAAAGGAGCCGAACAAAGAGAUGAUCAAUGAUGGCGCCUGCUGGACCAUCAUCUCUACAGACAAGGCCGAAUACCAGUUUUACGAGGGCAUGGGUCCCGUGGCUUCCCCAGUCACACCAGUGCCAAUUGUUAAUUCACUGAAUCUCAAUGGCGGUGGUGAUGUGGCCAUGUUAGAGCUCAGUGGCGACAACUUUACUCCACAUCUGCAGGUGUGGUUCGGUGAUGUGGAGGCUGAGACCAUGUACCGCUGUACCGAGACACUGCUUUGCGUUGUACCGGAGAUUUCACAGUUUCGCGGGGAAUGGCUUUGGGUUCGACAGCCAACGCAGGUGCCCAUUUCGUUGGUACGUAACGAUGGCAUUAUUUAUGCCACAGGUCUGACUUUCACAUAUACACCUGAGCCGGGUCCUCGGCCACAUUGCAAUCCACAGGCCGAGGAAGUGAUGCGGACGCGACAAAAUAAUAAUAAUAACAACAUCACUAGCAUUAGUAACAAUAAUAACAGCAAUAAUGCAGGAUCACCGGCCGGCGGCAGUAUGCAACAGCAACAACCACAACAGCAGCAGCACCAGGCGCUGCCCUCCAUCUCAGAAGUGCAAUGGAAUAGUCAUGGUAGCGGCUUAUCCUGAGUGCAGGAUUAUUGCAUCAUACAUUUAUGUUUUCUAAGUUAUUUAUAGUUUUUAUUGAAGACCUUAGUUUGUAGAUUGACAAUUUUUCUCAUAUUAAUUUUCCACCUGUCAUGACGUGAACCAAAAUGUGUCCCCCCUCCUCUCAAAAGUGAAUCAUCCUAUUGAAACAUGUAUCUAGUGCUAGUUUGGAACCAAUAGAUUUGUAAAUGAAACAUAUAACUCUGUACAUAACUCGAAAAAGCUCACUGACAUAUAUAUAAAUUUAUAUGUGCAUGAAUAUACAUCAAUACAGAACAUAUAAUUCUAGUUAAAUAUACAAUUGAUAUGUAAGUUUAUAGAAGAUUUUUAGCAGCGGUUAAAAUAUUUAUGAUUUUCUUUGCUAUGAAUUUCUAAAGACUGCCAAGGGAAAAAAGUACUACGAAAUAAAUCAGAAAACUUGAGCCUGCUUUAUACAAAAACCAGCAAGUAGCCAUGCUACAUAAAAACAUUCCAUUUCGCCCUUUAACACUUUCCAUAAAGUCAAAGACAAAGUCAAAAGGGAAAACUUUUUUUCUGUAAAUACUGUUUUGUUGCAUUUUUUUUAGUUUACCAUCUCUUUGGAAAUUCGUAGCACUAAAAGUCCCAUAAAAUAUUUUGUAAAAUAAAAUCGCAACAAGACAAAGCAGCGAUUUAUUUAUUAAGUCUAAGCGAAAGCCCAACAACAUGAAUAAAAGCAAAUGAAGGAAAACCGAAAUUAUGACAAAGAAAAAACCAAA